AUGUGUGAUUACAAGUCUGACCAAGUCUCUGCAAAAACACACACACACGUCUCUCCUCACAACCAAUCACCGAUCAGCUCAGCCCAAAUUCUCUUUUCCGUUAAAGAAACUUCAAGGCUCAUGUCUUGUAUGUUGGGUUGUUCUAAUGGCACCGUUGCGAUUGCCACCGCCAUGGUUUUCUCGAGCACGGCUCUGUUUCUCGCGAUGGCUCGCCAGUUCCAUGGGAAUCAAACCUCUAAGGUUCAAGAUCAGACUCCAGUGACUCCAGGACCAAUCCUCCGUUCUUGUCUAUCUUCAGAGGAAACGAAGAAACAGAGGAAGAAGAAGAAUAAGAAAGUUCGCUUCGCGGAGAAUGUGAAAGAUACGAAAGGGAACGGUAAAGAGUACCGGAUGAGGGAACUGAGCUGGAGAACCGUACCGGAACCAGUGACUAAUCCGGGAAAGACCGGUUCAAAUUGUGGAAUCUCCACGAUACCAGCGAACCGGAUGGCUCUGUACAAUGGGAUUCUCAGAGACCGAGAUCACAGAACUCAAUGUUCUUAUUGA